CCAGUCAACUCUGUAGAAAUAGAAGACCUGCACUUCAAAUAGACUGUAAAUCCAGCUUCCCAAGACAUUUCUACUCGAGGGACUGGGGAGAGUCUCCAUGGACCUAAAUUUAGGGCCGGAAGACCCUCCACUCUGGUCAGGUAUGGAGCGCCCACCUAGAGCUGCCGAGUGUGUUAGAGCUGCGACUGUGGCAGAGGGUCAGGACUGAAGGGCAAAGACCUACACUCAGGCCUUGCCUGUGUGAUCUUGGGCGUUUCGUGACCCUCUGACCCUCCGUAGCUUCAUCGAAAAGUUGAGUAGGGUAAAGACUAAAUGAGUGGUGCGCACUUAGUAAAUUAUAACGUGCUGCAUGCGAUUUGAGUAUCUUUAUUGAGGGGAGUUGAGUCCAGAUUUUCAGAGAUGUGGUUUUCGGUGUGGAACAGAUAAGAGGGGCCGAGUGGCUGAGGUUCUGAGCUGAGAAAGGAGGCUGUGGGCAUCUGGCCAGGGGCCUGCUCUCCGCCACCACCCAGAGCGAUGCCUGUGCCUGGGGUUGGCUUGCGGCUGCAGCUCGGUGCCUUCACUGCUUCUCCUCCCACGUUCUGUCCUUCCCAACAGGCUUCAGAGUCAGGAUGACCUGAUCACAUCUGAUUUUGUGUCUCAGUUUCUUUCGCCUCCCUCACUAGAUAAUAAGCUACUUGAGAGUGGGAACUAUUUCCCGUAUUCUUCCCACCCCUCCCUCUUUGUAGCAUUUAUCACGGUAUAAAUUACAGGGACCAGUACACAGUGAAGUGCAUUUUAAGUUAAAAUGCUCAACAGUGAUCCUGAUGACACUUGGUUUACUUAUUCUGUCUGUUUAAGCUCCAGCUAUAAUUCAUACCCAUUUGAGAGUUCCUUGUUCCUGCCCCUAAACCUGACUUCCCUUUGUAGGACUAGACAUUGGAAGAGUUGUCACGCCCUGUUCUUCAGCCCCCAGGUUUCCCUAGAUGCCAAUUAAGAUUCCCUUUCCUGCCUGAAGAUCAUCCGUGGAAACCUUGGCCAUGGCCUCCCUGUCAGAGCCGGUCACGUUCAGAGAGUUCUGCCCCUUGUACUAUCUCCUCAAUGCCAUUCCCACCAAGAUCCAGAAGGGCUUCCGCUCCAUCGUGGUCUACCUCACCGCCCUGGACACCAGCGGGGACUACAUCGCUGUGGGCAGCAGCAUCGGCAUGCUCUACCUGUACUGCCGGCACCUCAACCAGAUGAAAAAGUACAACUUUGAGGGGAGGACGGAGUCCAUCACAGUGGUGAAGCUGCUGAGCUGCUUUGAUGACCUCGUGGCCGCAGGGACAGCCUCCGGGAGGGUUGCCGUUUUUCAACUUGUGUCCUCCUUGCCCGGUAGAAAUAAACAGCUUCGGAGAUUUGAUGUCACUGGUAUUCACAAAAAUAGCGUAACAGCUUUGGCUUGGAGCCCCAAUGGAAUGAAGUUGUUCUCUGGAGAUGACAAAGGGAAAAUUGUCUAUUCUUCUCUGGAUCUAGACCAGGGCGUCUGUAACUCCCUCCUGGUGCUGGAAGAGCCGGCCUCCAUCGUGCAGCUGGACUACAGCCAGAAAGUGCUGCUCGUCUCCACGCUGCAGAGAAGUCUGCUUUUCUACACCGAAGAGCAGUCCGUCAAGCAGAUCGGAACACAGCCAAGGAAAAGCACCGGGAAAUUUGGUGCCUGUUUUAUACCAGGACUUUGUAAGCAAAGCGAUCUAACCUUGUACGCAUCGCGGCCUGGGCUCCGGCUGUGGAAGGCUGACAUCCAUGGGACCGUUCAGGCCACAUUUAUCUUAAAAGAUGUCUUUGCCGGAGGAGUCAAGCCUUUUGAGCUGUACCCGCGCCUGGAGUCCCCUGACAAGGGGAGUUGCAGCUCACCCGAGAAGCACCUGGGGCUCGUUUCCUGCUUCUUCCAAGAAGGCUGGGUGUUGAGUUGGAAUGAAUACAGCAUUUACCUUCUAGACACCGUCAACCAGGCCACAAUUGCUGGUUUGGAAGGAUCGGGCGAUAUCGUGUCUGUUUCCUGCACAGAAAAUGAAAUCUUUUUCUUAAAGGGAGACAGGAACAUUAUAAGAAUUUCCAGCAGGCCUGAAGGGCUGGCGUCAAUAGCGCGGGAUGGUCUGGAGGCACCGGGAUGCACAGACCAAGUCCACGCGCAGCGCGCUGAGAGGCCGCUGGGGGCCACGCUUCCUGAGACCAGGCUCAGAGGCGCUUCUGUGGGCAGCUCCGUGGCCAGUGAGCCCAGGAGCAGGAGCGGCUCACUCAACUCCACCGAUAGCGGCUCCGGGCUCCAGGCAGCCCCCGAGCUGGGCAGGGGCAGCCAGCUCAGCACCAAGCGGUUCAGCGCGAUUAGCUCGGAAGACUUCGAUCGGGAGCUUGUUGUGAAGCCUCUCAAAGUGAAGAAGAAGAGAAAGAAGAAGACAGACGGCGGAAGCAGGAGUGCCUGCCACAGUUCCCUCGAGUCGACCCCCUGUGGCGAGUGUCCCAGUGGUAGCCCCCAGUCCUUGAACGCAGACCUGCUGUCCAUGACCUCGAGUUUGGGCAGCACGGCGGAUCGAUCCAGCACAGGGUCUCCCGACCAGGAGAGCACCCUCAGCGGCGAGGCGAACGGCGUGCUGCCGGAGUACAGCGACCCUGAAGCAUUUAGUGUCCUGGAGGUGCCCGGCCCCACCCCUGACUCAUUGAAGGAGGGACGUGACAGUACAAUGGAGCUCCCACGAAGUGGCCAUGCAGGCGAGGUGGGGCCACACAGUGGAGGGCUGAGUUUGCCCUGGCUUUCCACGGAGGAUGUGGAAUGGCAUGGCGACGUCCCAGAACCCAGAGAGGAGCCCUGUCCUGCAGACGGUGGGCUGAAUGGCAGACAGUCCACCUGCCAAGAACAAGGUGGCAGGUCUGCUGAGGCCCAGGAGGUGGAGGGCAAGGAGCCUGGCAACCUCCAGAGCGCGUUUUCUGAAGCCCCCCUCUUGGAUGUGCCCCCGGUGCCGUCCAGCCUAAGCUGGGCCCCCAGUGCUGAGCGGUGGCUUCCGGGGACCAGAGCUGACAGAGGCGGGGUUGAGGAGCCCAGCCAAGAGCAGGGCUUCCUGACGCACGCGGGGGCCCCUGACCACCUUGACUCAAGUCCCUGGCACGCUACCACUGACGAAGACACAGGCCAGAAAGCAGUGGCUGCUUCAGAGUAUGACCCAGCGGGUGCAGGAGGACAACUGGCUCCCCAGGCCUCUUCCCUGGUGGCCAGCACCCAGGAGCCUCGCCUGGGGCAGCCUUCACGGGACCAGGGACUGACGUCCAGCGACGAGGAGGACAUCUAUGCCCACGGGCUGCCCUCUUCGUCAUCGGAGACGAGCGUGACGGAGCUGGGAGGUAGCCGCUCCGCGCAGGACCUCUGCCAGCCAGGCACAGAUGAUCCUGGGCUGCUCAAGUCAGAUCAGUUUGCAGAGAGCUGGAUGGGCUACUCGGGCCCUGGUUACGGCAUCCUCAGCUUGGCGGUCUCCGAGAAGUACAUUUGGUGCCUGGACUACAAAGGCGGCCUGUUCUGCAGCGCGUUGCCAGGUGCUGGGCUGCGCUGGCAGAAGUUUGAAGAUGCCGUCCAGCAGGUGGCAGUGUCACCCUCAGGAGCCCUUCUCUGGAAGAUUGAACAGAAAUCUAACCGAGCCUUUGCUUGUGGAAAAGUGACCAUCAGGGGGAAGCGGCACUGGUACGAAGCUCUGCCCCAGGCGGUGUUUGUGGCCCUGAGCGAUGACACAGCCUGGAUCAUUAGGACCAACGGAGACCUGUACCUGCAGACAGGUCUCAGCGUGGAUCGCCCCUGUGCCAGAGCCGUGAAGGUCGACUGUCCCUACCCGCUGUCCCAGGUCACAGCCCGAAACAGCGUGGUGUGGGCGCUGACAGAGCAGAGAGCCCUCCUGUACCGGGAGGGGGUGAGCAGCUUCUGCCCCGAGGGGGAGCACUGGAAGUGUGACAUCGUCAGUGAAAGGCAGGCUUUGGAACCCGUCUGUAUCACUCUCGGGGACCAGCAGACUCUGUGGGCCCUGGACAUCCGAGGAAACCUGUGGUUCAGAACCGGUGUCGUUUCCAAGAAGCCCCAAGGGGAUGACGACCAUUGGUGGCAAGUGAGCAUCACAGACUACGUGGUGUUCGACCAGUGCAGCCUGUUCCAGACCAUAAUCCACGCCACGCACUCGGUGGCCACAGCGGCCCAAGUGCCCGUCGAGAAGGUGGCAGAUAAACUGCGCAUGGCAUUCUGGUCUCAGCAGCUUCAGUGCCAGCCGACCCUCCUCGGGGUCAAUGGCAGCGGCGUCUGGAUCUCCUCGGGCAAGAAUGAAUUCCACGUCGCUAAAGGAAGUCUCGUUGGCACUUACUGGAACAGUGUUGUUCCCCGUGGGACAGCGUCUGCAACCAAGUGGGCCUUUGUGUUGGCUUCCAGUGCUCCCACAAAGGAAGGAAGCUCCCUGUGGCUGUGCCAGAGCAGCAAGGACCUGUGCUGUGUCAGCGCCCAGGACGCCCAGUCGCGCCCGUCUACCGUGCAGCUGCCUCCCGAUGCCGAGAUGAGGGCCUACGCCGCCUGCCAAGACGCCCUGUGGGCCUUGGACAGCCUGGGCCAGGUGUUUAUCAGGACGCUCUCCAAGAGCUGCCCCACGGGCAUGCACUGGACACGCCUGGAUCUUUCCCAGCUAGGAGCUGUAAAACUGACGAGCUUGGCCUGUGGAAACCAGCACAUCUGGGCCUGUGAUUCCAGGGGGGGAGUCUACUUCCGCGUAGGAACCCAGCCUCUGAAUCCCAGUCUGAUGCUUCCUGCCUGGAUAAUGAUUGAGCCACCUGUCCAGCCCGCCGGGGUCACCUUGGUCAGCGUCCACUCCAGCCCCAACGACCAGAUGCUGUGGGCCCUGGACAGCAGGUGGAACGUGCACGUCCGCACCGGGAUCACUGAGGAGAUGCCUGUGGGGACCAACUGGGAGCACGUGCCAGGCUUGCAGGCCUGCCAGCUGGCCCUGAGCGCCAGGACCGUGUGGGCCCGCUGCCCCAGCGGGGACCUCGCGCGGCGGUAUGGUGUCACCGACAAGAACCCUGCUGGAGACUACUGGAAGAAAGUCCCUGGCAGUGUGACAUGCUUCACAGUGACCUCGUCAGAUGAGCUGUGGGCAGUGGGCCCCCCCGGCUACCUCCUCCAGCGGCUGACAAGGACUUUCAGCCACUUGCACGGUGCCCCGAGCAGCCACACCACCACCUCCCACCCCGACGACCUAGAGGACGAGUGGGAGGUAAUUUGAAGGAGCCCUCGGGAGGGACCCGAGCCUCGAAUGGUGGACACGGUCGGCUCUGAGUUGCUCUCUCUUGGACACACCUUGUCAGCUCUCGUCUGGACACGUCCAGCCAGGUCGGCCACCUCACGCUUGCUCUCAUCCUUGUUCGUUUCCAUCUCGUUCCAGCACCCACGGCCUCAGCAGAGUGGCCCGGAGCCACAAGGCCCCUGUGCUCUUGCUGAGGUUGUCCCCACGGGGACAGUGGCUGCUGCCCGUGUUCCACAGCCACCCCUCCUCGCUGACUACUCCAGGUCCCACCACAGGUGGGACACGUCAGAGCUGGGUCAGGGGCCACCCUGGGAGCCACGACAGGUAGCCAUGUUAGUAGCUCCAAGGCAUACGGAACCGAAGGUCAGUGCUGUCCACCCGCUGACUGUGUUAACGAUGGCUUCGUCUCUGCGCAGGGUCCCUCCACCUCCUCUCUGAGUAGCAGGUCCCAGCAUGCAUUCCACGCUGGACAUGCCAGAUGGGAAACCAAGGCUGUGUUUGAGAGGUGGGGUGCUGACUGUGCCAGGACAGAGAACACACACUCACAACUCCCGCACACGCGCCACACACACCCUCCCUGCCCACUCACGCGUGGGCCAUGCUCGCCUCCCUGAGAGCACACCUCAGCCAAGACAACAAAGGCCAGUGGAUGGACGGAACCAGAGUGUGCGCACGUGUCCGAGGCAGGGCCGGCGCAGGGCGGUGCGGUCGGGCCCGGGGCCCCGGCUGGGCCAUGGCUGAGGGAUGUCUUCAGCGUGGUUUCUCAGCCAGUGCUGCUGGUGGGCGUCAUAGAAUCCAGAAGCGCCCUCCUAGGAUGAAUCUACUGAUUAUUGCCUUUUUUGUUUGUUGUAUUACAAACCUACAUACGAUACCUCAUUUGAAAUCAAAUCUUACCAAUUUAGGAGAGAAAUGUAUUUUCCAAAAUGAGUGGAAGGCCUUUCACUGCUUCCCGCGGUCGAUCCUGAGCCCGCACUGUUCUCAGCUGCAGCUUCAGGGAGGGUGGGCACCCGCUCCGCGUGUCCUCGGAGCGCAGGGCAGUCGUGGGGCCUGCCUGCUGACUCCGAGAGGGAGCCGGGCCCUGUCGGCAGGCUGCUGGGUUGAUGCAAGGUUGAAACGGGCGCCUGUCUUGGUUGGUUGCUGUGGCCACGUCAGACCCCAGUCCAUCCUGGGGCUUGGCCUGCAGUGCCCGCCCCUCACUGGCAUCUGAGCUGUCAAGAGUCCACGCCCAGCCCGUGUCCCACCCUGAGCCCACCUCCCCUCCCUCCCGGAGGCAGCCCCGCGGGAGGAUGCCAGCCUAGCUGCUUUUUUUAGCGGCCCGCGGCCCAGGGCCCAGUCACUCG